AACGGAGAUUUAUAACGCGCGUUUCAUAUUGCGCAUUCGUUACAGAACAGAAUAUUGCCAAAUAGGCACAGUCGAUUGAGCACGCGUUGCAGUAUUCGGAUAAAACAAACAUACACGCGGUAUCAGUAUAUGCGUGAUCGUUCGAAGAAGAAGAACGGCCUUGCGAGCAUAUGCUUGCACGUACGAUGCCUUCCUAAUUUUCGUAACAAUGUUUUUGCUAAAAUUUUCUCACAUAAAUAUCUGCAUAACAUCUGCGAAUACUUCCCGAACGUCACGAUUCGUCGUGCACAAUGCUGAAAGUGUAACGACAAAAGAAGAAAAUCGUAGAAAAAUGUCUAAGCAUCUUGCGAGAACAUGUAAAAACGAACUAAAAAAAAAAGGAAGAUGCGACGGCCUUGACACUUCACGAAACAGACUACUUGAACGAUAUGUUUUAUCUAUGUUUCUUGUAGGCUUAUCUAUGGUACACAUAAAUAAUAUUCUGUAUUAUAACAUCGGCGAUCUAUCAUAGAUUUUUAAUGACCGACUCGAAAAUCAAGAGAUAGUGGCUAUAUUUACGACAAAAUAAUUAAUCUGGUUGUCGAUUAAACGUAUCGAGUGUCGAACGUUCGAUCGACAACCCGAUUAAGAUGAGAGGAUUGGGGUGAUCCUCAAAAAUUAAUUCCGUACAUAGAAUAAACAGUUGCAUUAUUAUAGCUAUUAAUAAUGAAUACAAUCAUUCAUGAUGUCACAAAGACAAUGCCUACGAUUGAACGUUGCUCAGUUAAUGCACUUUGAUCGUUAUAUUGAUCAUAUGUAAAAAUACAAACAUUUCGAUAAGAUGCGUUUAUGCAUCGCUGUACAAUAGUUACGUGAUAUGCAAAAAAAGCUAAUGCCAAAACAGAAGUACAGUUUCAGAAAAAGAAAAAUAUUCACUGCGGACGGUGUGACAUAUUCAUUCGGUGUUUUUUACUUAGAACUUCUAUACUACUUUGAAGGAGGAAAAGGAGCAACAGCAUGGAUCGCGUCUAUAUUAGUUGGCGUGACAUUAUGCUCGGGUCCGAUAUCGAGCACGCUUGUGAAUAAAUUCGGAUGCAGAGCCGUGACGAUGGCCGGCUCAAUUUUGGCGACUGCGAGCUUACUGACGAGCAUGUGGGCUCGAAACAUCAUAACGUUAUACUUUUCGAUCGGUAUCGGGACAGGCUUGGGCUUCGGUUUAAUCUACUUGCCUGCGAUCGUCAGCGUGACGUGCUACUUCGAGAAAUACCGGUCCCUUGCGACGGGGAUCGCGGUCUGCGGGUCUGGCCUGGGCACCUUGAUUUUCGCCCCGUUCGUAGAUUACCUGAUCGCGCUCUAUGGAUGGCGAGGCGCGAUCAUGAUCUGUUCCGGGAUCGUUUUGAAUUGCACUGUCCUCGGCGCGCUCUUCAGACCCCUCCCGACGAGAAAAUUGAAAAAGCGAAAUCCCACAGAGAAAUCUUCACUGAAAAAGAAUCCACACAAAUACUUGAACGGUUUAUAUAAUCAGGAAGACAAUCAGAAAUGUGUAUUACAGAGCGUAAGCUUUCGAAAGGAUAGCGUCGCCUGUGUGAAAUCUCUGAGUCAACCUGUGUUAAUCUCAACCAGUGCAAUGCAGCAGAAUAGCUCAGAGGACAUUUACAAAGAGCACAGCACGUCUAAUUUACCGCAGAGAUAUAAUCAAGAAGCGUUGCACGAGCGUCAGUCGUCAACGAGUUUACCAAAUAAAAUAGAUUACGUUCGAACAGAAAAUAGGGAAGUUAGCACCGAGAGGGAAGCCAAUGCCCUUAAAAAAUAUGUAGAUUUUUCUAUAUUGAAGGACCCAGUAUUCAUACUAUUUACCGUUUCGAAUUUCUUCACCAGUAUUGGAUUUUACGUGCCAUACGUAUACGUGUUGCCGCAAGCCGAGGAACGGGGAAUUAACAAAAAGGACGCAAGCUAUCUUCUUGCAGUAAUUGGAAUUGCUAAUACUGUUGGUCGUAUAAUCUUAGGAUACAUAUCAGACAAACCGUGGAUUAAUCGAUUAUUGAUAUAUAAUUUGAGCCUUACGAUAUGCGGUAUCGCUACGAUUUUUAGCGCCUUCUGCUCGUCUUUCGUAUCGUUUACGGUUUAUACUUCUAUAUUUGGAUUUACGUCUGGUGCUUAUGUCGGCCUUACAUCUGUGAUAUUAGUAGAUUUAUUAGGCUUAAAUCGUCUUACGAAUGCUUUCGGCCAGCUUUUAUUAUUCCAAGGUUUUGCGUCAUUUUUAGGACCACCCAUUGCCGGAUGGUUGUACGACGCACUCAAAUCUUAUGAUCCUGGGUUUCUUACUGCUGGCGGUAUGAUGACCGUUAGUGGACUGAUUUUAUUUUUUAUACCUGUCAUUCAACAAAAAAUACAGAAACGUGAAAAGACGAAAGGUACAAUAAAUAAUACUUAGUACGAAUAUCUUUUUCUCUUUAUUAUCAACUUUACUUUUAACUAUAAAUUCACUCGUGUACGUUUAAUCAUAAAAAAUAUAGUGGAGAAGAACAGAAGAAGUCUGAUAUCUGCAAAUUUACGUAUCUUCU